AGUGCGGAUAACAGCCAGUCGCUAGCGGCGCGUCCCGGGCGCCGGUCGCUACGAUGGCUUUUUUUCGAAUGUGCAAUGGUCUGCCAGGACUUUUUAUUGGAAUGAUAACAGUACUUUUAUUGUGUGUAUACCUAGCUCAUGGCCAAGAAACCCUCGCGACCAGGAUGCGUGUUAUUAGCGAGGAUUUGGAUCGACAGUUGAACGAGAUGAUGGCCUCUCAGGCGGUCAAUUACUCCACAGUCAACACUACUGGAUUGCCAUACAAUGCCUCCAUGAAGUUCUGGCCUAAGGGCAUGGGACAGCUGUAUAAUGUGACAAAUAUGUUCAUCGACUUCGUCCAGGGAAAACAAGCUUAUCCCGAAGGGAUGAUCUCGCUGGACAAUGGCUACUUGCAAUUUGCCGAUCCGGUAAAGGAGUGGAAAAUUAUUUUGAGCCAUUAUGGAGGUCUGGCUGGACUUGGUCUGGCAGGUCUUCUUCUCGCUGCCAUACUUCCAUGUGUCGGCCUGUUUUUCUGUUGUUGCCGCUGUGCUGGAAAUUGUGGUGCUAGAAGCGAGCCUUUCGAUAAAAAGCACGACCAUUGCAAAAAAAUCAUACUGAGUACCAUCUUAAUUUGCGUCGCUACGGUCAUACUGUUUGGCGUGGUCUGCUCAUUUGUAACAAACGAAUAUAUGCACGAUGGAACAAGAAAACUGCCAGACAACACCAAAGUGAGUCUCAAGGAUCUUAGACUUUACCUGGCUACUACGAAAAGAGAAAUCGAUACUUUAUUGAAAAUUAAUUUCAACGAACUCGAAAUGACGUUGAAUAAUAUUCUCCAAGCAAGCGGAAGAAUUGUCACCGAGCGACUCGCUGAAUACUCUCAUGCUGUUUCGCUUAUGAACCUAAAUGAUAUCGUCGCGGGACUUGAUGCCAUUAGACAGGAUCUCAAACUCAUGAAUAAAAUCACCCAAGACUUGAGAGCCAACGCUUCUGAGCUUGACAUCGUCGUCCGUGGAGUAAAAAAGAGUUUGCUACAUACAUUAGCUUCCUGUGAUACGCACACCUGUAAAGAGGUUUUGCAGCAAUAUAAAGUCAAUGAAAUGUCAGUUCAAGUUGACUUCGAUAAGCUACCCGAUGUAACUCAUGCACUACGCAAUAUCACCCAAUUAAUGGAAGACAAUAUAGUUUACGAAGUGAGUCAAGGCAGAGAUUCCUUCCUCCGAAUUCAAAAGGAUAUUCAGCACGCGGUGAAUCAGACAAUUCCUGUGGUUAGCGCGAGUAUUCGGCGAGCUGGAGAUUCUCUUGAAGCUGCUGCUAGAAACAUGACCGCUAUACUUGAUAUGAUCAACUCAAAUAUAACAAAUUCUUAUAUUCCCAGUCUCGAUGUAGCUAGAAACCACAUUGAUCAAUACGCCCCCUAUAGGCACUACCUGGGUCUGGGAAUAUCAGGAAUCUUGCUCACGGUGUUGACAUGCAUAACCUUCGGCCUUUUCUGCGGUAUUUGUGGAAAACGACCAGAUGGUUACGGUGACGACUGUUGCAAUAAAGGAUCCGGUGCUCGAUUUCUGAUGAUGGCUGUUUGGAUAAUCUUCCUGUUGACGAGUAUUUUAAUGAUCGUCACGGUGGCGCACAUGAUCACAGGUGUAGCUGUUCAGCGAGGGGUUUGCGAACCACUUCAAAAUCCUAAUGACAACAGGAUGUUUAAACUUCUAGAUAAAUUUGUUAAUCUCAAAAGCAAGUUAUACCCAAACAACCCCCGCGCCAAUAUCAACAUGAGUUACGUCGUCUCGGCUUGUCAUGCAAAUAGAACACUCUACAAGGUUCUGAUGUUCGAGAAUCUAAUUAACGUGAAUUCUUUACGAGAUUACGUCGAACGUUAUGACAUCAAUAAAACCAUUCAGCAGUUGCGCCAAAAGAUUAUUUUCUCUCCUGGAAUAGUGAUCUUUAGCGAAAGAGCACGUGGGAAGUUGAACGAUUUGGCUCAGAGUGGACUUAGUGACAUUAAAUUCUACCAGUAUGCUGAAGUUCUCAGGGAAAACAUUACCAACAUUAAUCUCCAUCAUCUUGCUUCGAAGUUGCGCGAAGUUUCUGCCAAACUUCCUCGAGGGUAUGAAGAUACUAAGGAUAGUUUAGAGAAAAAUGCACACGAUUUAGAUCAUUAUCACAAAGAUCUUGUGAUGCCGAUGGCUUCACUGGGCGAGCAGCUGAGCGAAAAUGCUUUGACGCUCCAAGAACAUAUCAGAUUCAAUCACAGCUCGAUGGCAGAAGCCAUUCAUGCUUUAGUGAACGAAGUCACGCAGGCACAAGAAUUUCUGAACAAAGAUGGACCAGAAUAUGUGCAAUUGCUCGCAAGCAGAUUUGGCGAGGCAUUCUUGUCUCAGGUGGACGACUUUUUGGAACAUGUUAUUGACAGUGCUUUAAACAAUGUUGGAAAAUGUGGGCCAGUCUCGAAUGCUUAUAAUGCUACACUUGUCUCUGGCUGCAACAAAAUUCUUGAUCCUUUUAAUGGUUUCUGGAUGAGUGUAGGCUGGUGUUUAGUUCUAUUUAUUCCCACGAUAAUACUCUGUGUGAAACUGAGUGCACUCUACCAAAAGUCUGAUCCAUACCCGGGACCACUAGUUGAAGCUGAAUAUUUGUAUGACGCAUAUGCCGACAGGGAUAACAUACCCCUUGCUCAUGUUCAUGAUAAGAAAUAUGUAGCUCACAGUAGGCAUCAUCCUGCUCCUGCUACUUUUCCUGAGACUUAUGAAGGUCCAGCAGGCAGUUAUAGUGAAAGAGAAAGAAUAACAGAUGCUCAUCAGGGCUCAUCUCAUAAUGAUUCGAGAUAUGCAGAUGUUGCUCCCAAAAACUGGGAUUUUCCUAAUGGUGGUCCUCCCAGAUACCAGCCUCCAGCUGCAGCUCCUCCACUCAGCAAUGAAUACGAACGGCCUCCCCCGUACUACUACCCUGGACCUGGAGAAAGAAAUUAGGAAACAAGUGCCGUGGCAUGCACAAAGGCAGCGAUGAGCAGUGCGGCGAUGCACAGCCUAACGCGUAGCUACAAGAGAACGCUCAAAAGCAAAACCAAAUCUGGAUGUAAACGAGAUUACGUUUAACAUGGAGUUGUUCUCGAGCGUGUCACGGACCAUCAGCUACCAAAUCUAACUAAAGACCAAGAUAGCAUAGACUGAUGAGGUAGGCUAGCGAUUCGAGGCUAUAUUUGUACUGUACGAGUCUAGUCGUAAAUUCAAUAAUUCAGUUCUCAAUUAUUAUUCGUGUCUAACGACCCAUCGACACUGCACUUUAAUUCAUUUGAGCGUAAACUCGUGCAGUUCGAAUGUAGCCAGUCAGCGACAUCUUUCUCUGAGGAACGCGAGUCAAAAAGUUCUCGUGCGUUACACUUUAUUUGUAAUAUUACAAAUACGUAUCUGUCCUGGGAAUGGCGUCGCUUUGAGUUUCAGGGAAACUCUUUACAACUACGUUUUGACAAAUGUCAAGCACACUUGAUAAUUUAUUUUCGUGACUAAAUUUCUCAAAAUUUACUCCACACUGUACUAUUUUACUUUGUUCUGUACUAUUUUAUUUUGUUCUGUACUCUUUUACUUCGUUGUAAACUCUUUUUUCGUUGAAUCCAUGUUCUAAUGUACAAGGUGAUUCUAUUCGCGUGGUGCAAUAUAUUGUUGCGUUGUUACUUUUUCGUUUUCUACUCAAGUCUUUUCACUGGUUUCGUGAUGUGAUAAUACUGUACUGAAAAAAAUUCGCCUUGAAUUUUGGAAGUUUCGUACACUGCCAGACACUUAGUUCUUCUUUUGUAAUUGGAUUUUUACUCUCAGUAUUAAAGUUCUUUCCUGUCCUACUUCUACAGUGUUUAAACCCGUGCUUAAUUUUUUUAAGCAGACUCGAUAGAAGCUUGUCGAGAUUAUCAUUUUGUACAUAAUGUAAAAGUUGACGAGGCCAUAGCAUUUCGAUCUAUGGUAAUUCGGAGAUUCGAAGGUUUGGAUUCUUCAAAAAUUUUUUAGUUCGAUUAGUCUGCAAAUCAGUGAAGCUAUCGAUCCUAAAAAAUCUGCGACACCAUAGCGCCAUAUAAAAAUGCCAAACCGUCAUCCGUUCUCUUCUUAGGCCUCGCCUUCCCUAGGAGUUUAGUAAGUUAGGAAACUAAUUUCCAUCCGAGCGCUGUGAUAUAGAAUAUGGGUUUCCUCUUUGUAUUCUAGCGCUUCGGGAAUAAUGAGUUUCACACGAAAACGAGAUCAAACUUAUAAAUACUCGUACUCAGUGUAUAUGGUUCGCCGUUAAGUAGUCCUUUUACUAUUAUUAAAGUACUGUGUAAUUUAUUACCGUAAGCUAUAUUCCGCAAUCAUUCUUGCAUCACGUAGGUUAUAAUUUGACACGUCAAUCUUUAAAAUAAUAAGUUUCUCGUUGCGUGAGUCUGAAAUAAUCAGUCUGCCAUUGAUGGUCUGAAAAAAUCACUCUGAUUUUUUAUUUUGCCUCAAGUUUUAGUAUACUAUUUAGAAUUCACUUGAAUUGCAUUGAAUUUAUAUUGAAUUUUUUAAAAUUCUAUGUAUGGAAUUCCAUGCAUUCUAAAGGCUUCAAAAUAAUGCAAAAGAAUUUAGAAAAACUUCGGGAAUUUAGAGAAUUCAGAAUAUUAAAUUCAGCCGCAGAACUGCGAGACGCUAUCUAUCAUUUUAAUGCAUCUCAAUUGUGAACUAACCCCAGGAAGUCAAAUUUUUAAUAUUCAUUUUAAUUUAUGUAUACAGGUGAUUUUACGAUUUUUUAUGGAAUUUAAAACAAUCAAUGAGCAAUAAAAGUAAAUAUUUACGGAAAACUAAGGGAUUCGGAUGGAAUUUUAAUACAUGAAAUAUGUACUAUAUGAAAAAAAGUAUUAACUAGAGGUUAGGUUAGAAUUGGUAUUUUAGUCCUGGUGGUUUAUUAUUUAUAUGCUUUGCAUAUCCCGGACCAAAUUCUUCUCUAUACAUUAACUAAAGUUCAUUUAAACUUAUAAUAUAUUGAAACUUACAUGACAUAGCCAAAUAAUGAUAUUUUUUAAAUAGAUAUAACACUUUUUCCUGUAAAUAUUAAUUUUUAAUAUUUACUAUUCGUUGUACACUCUGCAAAAAAAUCGUAAAAUCACUUUUAAAAUUUAAAAGAAUUCAAAAUAAUAUGAGAGUUUGGAAGCAUUCCAAGGAAUUUAAAAGAAUUAAUUAAUUACUCAACCUGCUGUUUGCCGCAUUAGUUAUGCGUACUAAAACUUGGGGUCAACUCAAAAAGAAGACUGGUUCUUUGAGAAGAUCAAGACCAGAGAGUUCGUUUUAGACGUAUACUCCGAACAAGCUCCGAACAAAAACCCACUUGAUAGAUUCUACGUGAUGUAUAAAUGAUAAAAAAAGCGUAUCGAUAUCAGUUGAACUGUCCCCAGGGGCAGUGAUUUCGGUUCUCCAACGGCGAUUCAGAAUCGUUGGAGAGCAAGAAGAAACAACCGAGGUUUGAAAUUGAAUACUUAUAUUUAAAUAUAAUUUUUAUUCACAUUUUCCUAGUGGCAAAUCAGCAGGAUCUCAAUUUCACUCCUCGGAUUGUCUUUUUUUUUUUUAAUGUUUACAUCGAUUAGUCUAGAUUUAUUGAAUUAUCCAAGGAAGAAAAUAUCAAAAGCGCAACAGGUGAUAUGAAAAAAAAAUCGCUGCACCCUGGGCGAGCAAGACGCAAAGGGCGAUUACUCAUUGUCGCGGUUCUUAUUGUACUUGUACAGAGUUUAAAGUUUAUCUUCUAUGGUAUAGAGUACGCCGCCCAUGCUGCCGUAUUUUAGACUCCGAGGCCGGUUCAAAAUUCGAGGAAGUCCGUUGAUAAUCCAGGGAAAUCCAUGGAAAGCGAGACGCUUCGCGAAUCGAGCCGCGACCCGACAGCGAAUUGCCAAAUGAAACUUUAUCUUCUUUUAUUCGAUACAAAGUGGAAGCACAAAACUUGUAGAAACUUUUUCUAGAAAGUGAAAAAGAAAAAGAGAACAAAAAUAGAAUGAGUGGUAGAGAUUAAAGCAAGAAAGUAGACGCCAGAGAGAUUGGGCGAGAGAAAGUGAGGGAGAGAACGUAUGUAUAUCAAGUGAAUGUAUCUUUCGACACUUUUCACCUGUAACUGCAUUUACUCUUUAAGGUAAUGGAAACUUCAACUUGAUUCUAGUGUAUCUCCGGUUAAACAGAUUUCGUACGUGUAUGUAUGUAUGCAUUUAAAGCAACAACGGAUUUCCAAGUCGGGUGUAAUAAUCGAAUCGUGUGAUGUAUAAAAUUAUUUUAUAAAUGUCUCUUUAGGAGGAGAGAAGAGGGGAAAGAGUGUCAGCCGAGAUAUAAAAAUAAAAAUAAAACAAUUAUCAACUGAAAUCGAAAAGAUUCAGUGAUUGAGUCGAGAAAAAUUUGGUGCUAUUUUUGCAAAGUCGUGUGUAGAAUAAAAUGUCGGGGGCGGAUGCUCUUUUUCCAAACUAGGGAUUUGCUGGGUAUAGAAAACCUAGGUUUUUCUGUGUAAAACGUUCUUUCUGAACAUUCUUUGGCUUCGAUAAUGUUGAAUCCGUUAGGGUAAAAGAUGAAUAACGAUUAUUUAGUUAUGAUAAAAAAAAGAACAUCUAGAAAUUGAGUGUUCCAGCAGCAGAACUUUGAUACAUUCUCCUGUCUGCUCAAUUAAUUGACAAAGACUCUGUUGUCUGAAUGACUUUCCUUGUUUUAUCA